GUCUCUCCUACCUCCCGCAUGGUGCGGGCUAGUGUCUGAGCCGCGGCGAGGCGAGACGGUCGCGCCGCCUCGGGAGAUCAGGGUCGGAGCUUCCCGUCGCCGGCACUUCCUCUUGCAGCGCCCGUGCGCGGCUGGCUCGGCGGGCGGGCGGGAUGGCGGCCGCGGCCCGGGGGAGCGGCCGAGCAUCGGCGCCGCGGCUGCUUCUGCUGCUGCUGGUUCCGCUGCUGUGGGGCCCGGCCGGCGUCUGGGCCGGCCCGGAGGAAGACCUUAGCCACCGGAACAAGGAGCCGCCGGCGCCUGCCCAGCAGCUGCAGCCACAGCCCGCAGCCGAGCAGGGCCCCGAGCCGGCCCGGGCGGAGAAAGGAUUUACACCAGCGGCCCCAGUUCAUACCAAUAAAGAAGAUCAGGCUCCCCAAACAAAUCUGGGCUUUAUCCAUGCAUUUGUGGCUGCCAUAUCAGUUAUCAUUGUGUCUGAGCUGGGUGACAAGACAUUCUUCAUAGCAGCCAUCAUGGCCAUGCGCUAUCACCGCCUGACGGUCCUGGCUGGGGCCAUGCUUGCCUUGGCCCUCAUGACGUGCUUAUCAGUUUUGUUUGGCUAUGCCACCACUGUCAUCCCCCGGGUGUAUACAUACUAUGUUUCAACUGCAUUAUUUGCCAUUUUUGGCAUUAGAAUGCUUCGGGAAGGUUUAAAGAUGAGCCCAGAUGAGGGUCAAGAAGAACUGGAAGAAGUUCAAGCAGAGUUAAAGAAGAAAGAUGAAGAAUUUCAACGAACCAAGCUCUUAAAUGGACCGGGAGAUGUUGAAACGGGUACAAGCACAACAAUACCUCAGAAAAAGUGGUUGCAUUUUAUUUCACCCAUUUUUGUUCAAGCCCUUACACUGACAUUCUUAGCAGAAUGGGGAGAUCGCUCUCAACUCACUACAAUUGUUUUGGCAGCUAGAGAGGACCCCUAUGGUGUAGCAGUGGGUGGAACAGUGGGGCACUGCUUAUGCACUGGAUUGGCAGUAAUAGGAGGAAGAAUGAUAGCACAAAAAAUUUCCGUCAGAACUGUGACAAUCAUAGGAGGCAUCGUUUUUUUGGCAUUUGCAUUUUCGGCACUAUUUAUAAGUCCUGACUCUGGUUUUUAACAAGUUGUUCAUCUGUAUUUAGCUUAAGAUAGGUAAUAUUUUCUGUACAUAGUGUACAUUACAACUAAAAGUAAUGGAAAAUAUUGUAUUUUGUAGCAUUGAUGGUGAGUUUGACCCACUUAAUGAAAGUAUAUCCAAAAGAGAUAAUCAUUGAUUCUAUUUACAAAGUGGAUUUUUAAAAGAAACCUACAUGUAGAUUUUUCUCCAGCAUAAUUAUGUUAACAAUAGGUCCGCAUUUCUGUUUUGAUAUAUACAGAACCAUUGUGAGGUAGGAUCUACCAUUUGAUCUUCUUUCAGCAUGACCCCCUUCAUAAAGAAAACGAAUUUUCUCCUUGGUCACUGAGGUGUUUUAAGAGGCUUAACUUAAAAAUUUUCUCGGAGAAAGACUGAAUUAAUUUCUAUUUUAAAAAAUAUUUCCCUGAGCUAGUAAGCAGUAGUUUAAUCAUAAGCCAAGACAAAUAUGGUGUUACUAUUUAUAUCAAUAACAUGAUGCAAUAACCAUUGUUAGCUAGGUCCAUUUUUUUUUUCUUUUUUUCAAUUGGGUAGGACACCCAAUAUAAAAACAGUCAAUAUUUGACAAUGUGGAAUUACCAA